GCCUGAAGGAACCCCAUUUGAGGAUGGAACAUUUAAACUUACAAUUGAAUUUACUGAAGAAUAUCCGAAUAAACCACCUACUGUUAGAUUUGUCUCUAAGAUGUUCCAUCCUAAUGUCUACGCAGAUGGUAGUAUAUGUCUGGAUAUACUUCAGAACCGCUGGAGCCCAACCUAUGAUGUAUCUUCCAUUUUAACAUCCAUCCAGUCUCUAUUGGAUGAACCUAAUCCCAAUAGUCCAGCGAACAGCCAGGCUGCCCAGCUGUAUCAGGAGAACAAGCGGGAAUAUGAAAAGCGCGUUUCUGCAAUAGUAGAACAAAGCUGGCGUGACUGUUGACUCAGGAAAGAGCAAGUUGACCAUAAGAAAAAUGUAUAUUGAUGCAUUUAUCAACUUCUUAUUCCUAAUUCAUUACAUUUACUUUAUUAAAACAAAAUAGCUGUUGUGCUGUUUCUGUCUUCCCUUGCCAAUUUUUUCUUCCCCUUUCUGUCCUCCUCAAAUGGAACAUCAGAGAUACCAUUUGAAAUCCAAUGUACUGUAUACCUGGGUUACUUGCAAACAUUACUACUGCAUAUGUCCCUUUGUUGUAUCUCAUCUCCAACCUCCAGCCAGUUAUGAGGUUACUGUACGUUUUAUAGUAAGGUUUUAAGAUGAACUGUUAUGUAUAGUCAGGUAACCAGGAUGUUAUCUGUAAAAAAAAAAAUGAUUGCUGUGUUUCAUCCUGGCCAGUUCUUCCCUUGUGUUCAAUUUGGCAAACAAUGUAUUUAGAAUAUGACCUAAAGAAAACAGGAAUGCAUCCACGUAAACAUUAUUUUAAAAGGGAAGGAAAAUUGAAAAAUCCUAUACUCAAUUUGUAAGCAAUAUGAAUUACAAGAUGGCACUUAUUGGUAGCAAGGAGACUGCUAAAGGACCCAGCUAACAAAUUGAAACAAUUUUAAUAACUGACAUACUUCACUUUUUGCAAGAUAGUCAUAGAGCAAAUCCAUGUUUCAGAAUCAUGGCCUUCAGAGCUGUGUGCUUUUUAAAGAGGUGUGAGAACAGACUAGAAGCUAUCAUUUUUCUAAGUUAAGAAAAACUGAAGAUCCUCUAAUAUUUUUAAAGGAACAGUGUUGACCUAAAUAAACAUUUCUUUUUAUGAUUCAAGGAAGUGAGCCUAUCUCUAGCAAACUUUUCUCAUUCAGAUCCUGAGUUAUUGCUGCAUGCUUUCAGUGUUUUGAGAACCUUAAUGCCCACAUCUGCAAUUUUUCUUUGUAUAUUUACACUUUUAAAUAUACAGUAUGGGGCAAGGCUUGUAAAUGUUUUGUCUAAUAUAUUUUAAUUGUUAAUCUUUUAUGCAUUUAUAGCACUUCUAACUUUGCACAAGUAACCCAUGUAAAAACUGUACAUUUUCAAAAGUUGUAAAUAAAAAAUAACCUUAAAAUUUA